GGCUGUUCCUUCUGGGCUGUUUUGUGGCCGCUGCUCCCGGGAGACUGCCCGGGGGCGGGCGGGGGCCGAUCCCGAGGGCGGGUCCCGGUGGCGCCUCCGCCGCUGGAGCCGGGGCCGGGGCGGGGAGGGGCCGCUCUGGGGACCGGCCCCGGGCGACUCGGCGGCGCCGGAGCUUACGGGACUUUCCACGGGACCUUUGGCGGUACGGAACCGGGGCAGCGGGCAGCGGGGGGCACGACCGGGAGUGGGACGGGCCGGGACACGGGCACCGGGGCUGGAUGGAGCCUCCGGUGCGGGGACACGGAAACUGGGGCAGGAUGGGGCUCUCCGGGCAGCACACGGGGAGGGGGGCACGAUGGAGACCCCAGGUGAGGCCGGGGUCGAGGGCUGAGCUGGGCAGGGCCAGGUGGACCCUCAUGGAUGCCCCGGCACUGUCUGGACAGCCUGAGGACUCAUGAUCUGAGAUUGAGGUGCCGGGUGGGUUCCCAGGUGGAGCUUUGAGGAGGGGGCUUCCACCGGCUCCGAACCUCCCAUGCUGCCCACACCCAGCUCCUGGCUGUUGCCGAGGUGAGCACGGGCCCAGCAGUGAGGAUGAUUUUGGGAAGCAGCUGCAUCGCUGGGGAUGAGCAUUUCCGAGUAGAAGCCGCUGUGGUUUCAGUGAUUCACUCCCCCUGGAUCACCCUUUGAUGUCAUGGGACCCUCCCUGCCGCCCACCCGCAGAUGUCCCCGCACAUCCCGGUGUUGGUGACAGCGUCCGUGCUGCCCUGCUGGGCAGGAGCGGGCACUGGCUGGGGACACUGGUCCAACUGGGAGGUACCUUGGUGGGAUGCUGGGAAGAGGUGGGAGCACAGGUGGGGUUUGUGUUGGAUGCGAGAGCUGUGCCUUGACUCAGUUAUUCCAUGAGGUGAGGAAGUCUGAAAAAUCCAAACCCAAAUAACCAAGGGGCCAAAUCAAACCCCUGUGACAGCACCUUUCCUGGCAGCACCCGGGCUGACGGCACCAGCCCCGAGUCCCUCAUUUCCCACAAAAGCUUCAAGCUGUCCCCUUCGCACAGCAGGUGUGGGACAGCCUGUGCUGUGUCCGGGUUUUCCCUAAAGCUGCACUUUCCCGGGUCCCAGCACAGUUUGGGCAGGUCAGGUGCUCCGUCCCCAUUCCCAGCCCGCAGGGUCCGUGUUCUUGGCAAUUCCCUCUCCUCCCUGGUCCAAGGUCAAACCGGCCAUGAGGGCCCCUGUUUGCAUGGGGUCGGGAUGUGGGACCUGCGGGCUUUGGCAGGUGCUUGUGGAAUUUCUUACAGAGGUGGGGAUGGCAGGAAAGUCAGCAAAGAGGAGAAUCUGUCAGCUCUGCGUCCCUCGGGGUUGCACCAGCCCUGCUGGGUGUCCCCAAGGGUGGCAGGGAGAAGGGAUCACUUGCCUGAGCCCCCUCCCUGUCGCUGCAGGAUUUGGGGCCGUUUGUCACCCUCAUCCCCCGUGCCCACGGGAGCACCACGUGGCUGCCAGCCCCCUCUGCCUCAUUCGAGCCCUUUCCCCGCCCGGGCUGCCCUCCCGCCAGGGCCCAGCCUGCCACUGUGGCUUGUCGCACAGAGCUGCAGCCCGGCACAAAAUGACACGUUUCCCGCUGCUUUUUCUGUCCCGGGAGGGCUGAGAUCCCCGCGGGCAGGAGCCGGGCUGAGCCCUAACGCUGCUGGGUUUCUCCGGAGGGUUUUGGUGGAAAGCAGGGCUGGGGGAGUGCCGGGGGUCAGUCACCUGUCCGUGCCCCGGACGUGGCGGGCAGGACGCGGUGACACGGUACAGUGCUCUGCUGGCCGCGCCGAUGGCACGUCUCUCAUUCAUCUCCACGUCCCUCUGGGCAACCUAAACCCGUAAUUUCUUGUCCCAGCCGCUGCUCCUGCCCUGCCGCGGGCUGCAGCCCCCCCCGGGCCGCGCCCGUCCCCUCCCGGUGCCCAGAUCGGGGUCCCACCGAGCCCCCCCGGCUUGCGGAGCAUCAGGAGCAGCCCUGGCCCCGCUCCCAGCCCCGCUGCGGUGGCAGCUCCUGCUGCCUCUGGGCGCUUCCCUGGGCGCUUCCUUGGAUGUGGGGAGUAUCCCAAGGAAUGUUUUCUUUCCUUGGGCGGCAGAUCGCAGCGCACAGGGUCUGCUCUGUGCCCUGUCCUGGGCUGCACCCCGGCUGACCGCAGCGGGGCCGGGCUCGCCCUCGCCCAGCGCGGCAGCGCCGCAGCCGGAGGGGCCCCCGCAGACGUGAGGGGUCCCCGCUGCGGGUAGGUGGCUGCCGAGGAGAGCCGGGACAAGGCGGGACCGUCCGGGAGACUCUGCGCUACAGCGGUCCUGCCGGCCCCAACCUCUGCCAGGGUCUCCUGCUCUCGUGGAAGGAGCCGGGAGACAGCCAGCCAGGCAGGACAGUCGUGCCCGUCCCUCCGGGCAGGGACCAUGGCAGACAGCGAAGACGCCCCGCGCGAUGCCGCGGAGGGCGCGGGGGAGGACGGCUCCCUGCAGAACGAAUCCUUCCCGCUCUCCUCUCUGGCCAACCUGUUCGAGAGCGAGGACACCCCGAGCCCCGCCGAGGCAGCCCGGGGUCCCCCCGGCGCCGGGGAUGGAAAGCAAAACCUCCGCAUGAAAUUCCACGGGGCCUUUCGGAAAGGCGCCCCGAAGCCCAUGGAGCUGCUGGAGGCCACCAUCUACGAGUCGCCCGUGGUCCCCACGCCCAAGAAAGCCCCCAUGGACUCCCUGUUCGACUACGGCACCUACCGCCACCACCCCAGCGAGAACAAGCGCUGGCGCAGGAGGAUCGUGGAGAAGCAGCCUCCCGCCGCAAAGGGGCCGGCUCCCGACCCGCCCCCCGUCCUCAAGGUCUUCAACAGACCCAUCCUCUUCGACAUCGUCUCCCGAGGGUCCCCGGCCGGCCUGGAGGGGCUCCUCUCCUUCCUGCUCACCCACAAGAAGCGCCUGACGGACGAGGAGUUCCGAGAGCCCUCCACGGGAAAGACCUGCCUGCCCAAAGCCCUGCUCAACCUCAGCGGGGGCAAGAACGACACCAUCCCGGUGCUGCUGGACAUCGCCGAGAAGACGGGAAACAUGCGCGAGUUCAUCAACUCGCCCUUCAGGGACGUCUACUACCGAGGUCAGACGGCCCUGCACAUCGCCAUCGAGCGCCGCUGCAAGCACUACGUGGAGCUGCUGGUGGAGAAGGGAGCAGACGUCCAUGCCCAGGCCCGCGGCCGCUUCUUCCAGCCCAAGGGCGAGGGCGGCUACUUCUACUUCGGUGAGCUGCCCCUCUCGCUGGCCGCCUGCACCAACCAGCCGCACAUCGUGCACUACCUGACGGAGAACGGGCACAAGCAGGCGGACCUGCGGCGCCAGGACUCCCGCGGCAACACCGUGCUGCACGCCCUGGUGGCCAUCGCCGACAACACCCGCGAGAACACCAAGUUUGUCACCAAGAUGUACGACCUGCUCCUCGUCAAGUGCGCCAAGCUCUUCCCCGACACCAACCUGGAGGCUCUGCUCAACAACGACGGCCUCUCCCCGCUCAUGAUGGCGGCCAAGACCGGCAAGAUCGGGAUCUUCCAGCACAUCAUCCGGAGGGAAAUCACGGAUGAGGACGCCCGGCACCUCUCCAGGAAGUUCAAGGACUGGGCCUACGGCCCCGUCUACUCCUCCCUCUAUGACCUCUCCUCGCUGGACACCUGUGGGGAGGAGGUGUCCGUGCUGGAGAUCCUCGUCUACAACAGCAAGAUCGAGAACCGGCACGAGAUGCUGGCCGUGGAGCCCAUCAAUGAGCUGCUGAGGGACAAGUGGCGCAAGUUUGGGGCUGUCUCCUUCUACAUCAGCGUGGUCUCCUACCUCAGCGCCAUGAUCAUCUUCACCCUCGUUGCCUACUACCGCCCCAUGGAAGGCCCCCCGCCCUACCCCUACACCAGCACCGCCGACUACCUGCGCCUGGCCGGGGAGAUCAUCACCCUCCUCACUGGAAUCCUCUUCUUCUGCACAAACAUUAAAGACCUGUUCAUGAAGAAGUGCCCAGGUGUGAACUCCUUCUUCAUAGACGGCUCCUUCCAGCUGCUCUACUUCAUCUACUCGGUGCUGGUGAUUGUCACGGCGGGGCUGUACCUGGGUGGCAUCGAGGCCUACCUGGCUGUCAUGGUCUUUGCACUGGUCCUGGGCUGGAUGAACGCCCUGUACUUCACCCGCGGGCUCAAGCUGACAGGGACCUACAGCAUCAUGAUCCAGAAGAUCCUCUUCAAAGACUUGUUCCGCUUCCUCCUGGUCUACCUGCUCUUCAUGAUCGGCUAUGCCUCAGCCCUGGUGUCCCUCCUCAACCCGUGCCCCAGCAGUGAGUCCUGCAGCGAGAAGUCCAACUGCACAGUGCCCACCUACCCAUCCUGCCGGGACAGCCAGACCUUCAGCACCUUCCUGCUCGACCUCUUCAAGCUCACCAUCGGCAUGGGCGACCUGGAGAUGCUCGAGAGCGCCAAGUACCCCGGCGUCUUCAUCAUCCUCCUUGUCACCUACAUCAUCCUCACCUUUGUGCUCCUCCUCAACAUGCUUAUCGCCCUCAUGGGCGAGACCGUGGGCCAAGUCUCCAAGGAGAGCAAGCACAUCUGGAAGCUGCAGUGGGCCACCACCAUCCUGGACAUCGAGCGCUCCUUCCCAGUGUUCCUGCGGAAAGCCUUCCGCUCGGGGGAGAUGGUCACCGUGGGGAAGGGCACGGACGGGACCCCUGACCGCCGCUGGUGCUUCAGGGUGGACGAGGUGAACUGGUCCCACUGGAACCAGAACCUGGGCAUCAUCAGUGAGGACCCGGGCAAGAGCGACACAUACCAGUACUACGGCUUCUCCCACACCAUGGGCCGGCUGCGAAGAGAUCGGUGGUCCACGGUGGUGCCACGCGUGGUGGAGCUGAACAAGAGCUGCCCGCCGGAGGAGGUGGUGGUGCCCCUGGGGACCAUGGGCACAGCGGAGCCGCGGGAGCGGCGGCACGGCCACGCCCCGAGCUCCCCGCUCUAGCACGGCGGCACCGGCGGCCGAUGGACUCUGCCCGGGCCCCCGGAGCGGCUCCGGAACCGCGACUGAGCUGGAUGGUGCUUGUCUGCUCCUCAGGGAUUCGCGCAGCCUCUGUCCCCUCCGGCAGCCGCUGUCCCGCCCGGAUGGGGGCCUGGCGCUGCCCCGGCCGUGCCCGCGGUCUCGGCUCUCACCGGCGAGCGCCGCCGCUCCUCUUCGCCGUGCCGGGGCCGUGGCCGCGCCGUGCCCGGAGUCCCGGGGUGGGAGCGCGGCCCCCGCCGAGGCCGAUGGUUUUGCCACAGAGUUUUGCACAAGAUUUAUACGUUUAUUUAUUUAGUAAUAAAGACUGACCCGCCACCGCCGCCUCCCCCCGGCGCUGGGUGACUCCGCACGGCGCAGCCAGGCUGCCGGCAGAGCUCGGGGAGGGACAGGAUGGAGGAGCUGCUCGCUCCCCGGCCGUGCUAACCAAGCCAAACCGUGCCAGGCCGUGCCGUGCCUUUGGGCACGGUCACACAUCGCGCUGAGCUCAGGUGUGGCGCAGGGCCGGGGCGCACAGGGGUGUGAUGAUGCACGGGGGCCGUGCACGGUUAUGAUGCACAGGGGUGAUGCAGGGAUACGAUGCACAGGUGGGGUACAGGGAUAUGAUGCACAGGGGUGAUACAGAGCAGCUGGAAGGAGCCAUCUAUGAAGAAGGAGUUCACACCUGGGCACUUCUUCAUGAACAAACGCUUUAGCAGCAGAGGGGACACUUCAUCUUCCACACAGGGCUGAUACAGGCAUAUGAGGAUGCACAGGUGUGACCCAUGGAUGCAAUGUGCAGGUGUGACACAUGGACACAAUGCUCAGGUGUGACACAUGGAUACGAUGCACAGGUGUGAUACAGGGAUAUGAUGCACAGGUGCGGUGCAGGGAUAUGAUGUACAGGUGUGACACACGGAUGCAAUGUGCAUGUGUGGCACAUGGAUACGAUGCACAGGUGGGUGCAGGGAUGCGGUGCACGGUUACGAU